UUCUUCUGUUGAUAUCAGCAUUUUUCCUCCAAAUCUUGAUGGAAGGAGCAGGAUUGUAAACGGACAAUUCUCAGCGGGAAGGAAAGCAUAACUCCUAAAGAUUCUUUGGGGAAAAAUUACAAUUUUUAUAUUUUUGGAGGGAUCGAAGUGUAAUUAACCCCUUUCUUGGUUUCUUAAACAUUUCGUAUAUCAGAGAUGAACGGUGCAGACUCCGCACCAAUGCACCAAUAACAUUGCAGAUUUGAGUGCUCCUCAUUUAUAUAUAUGGGUACAAGGGGAUACAUAUAUACAACAUACCAAUAAUGAAGGGGGGGUUGAAGCUGUCUUACUGCAGGGUUGAGAGAAAACCUUGUAUGCGAUGGAUAGAAGAGGUGUUCAAAGACUGUCUCUGCAACCUCAACGAUCAAAUCUCAUUCGCUCUGGGGAUAGCAAGUUUGGUUUGCUGGUCAGUUGCAGAAAUCCCCCAGAUUAUUACCAACUUCACCAGCAAAUCCGCCACCGGCGUGUCUCUAGCAUUUCUUUCCACUUGGAUAAUCGGCGAUGUUUUCAAUCUUGUGGGCUGCAUUCUUGAACCGGCUACGUUACCCACCCAAUUCUACACUGCCCUGCUCUAUACAACAGUUACAAUCAUAUUAGCGUUGCAAUGCGUAUACUACAACCAUUUUCGUCAGUGGUGGAAACGUAGCCAAAAAGAAGCAAACAUGGUUAAAGAGGAGACUGAACCCCUACAACGUAAGCUUCACCAUGGAGGAACAGCUAGCACAAAUGCUCCGAUCGAGGUUCCUCGUCGAAGGGAUUUUUACUUCAUGUCAGCAAGAUCUUUGGCAGGGAGCGACACUCCCCCAACCCAGUGUUACAUAAAAGCUAGGAGCGGCCCUCCUGCGUUGGAUCACCACUCCCACUCGUCGUCUGACGAAGACGACGACAACGAAUCAAUUUUUCCACCUCCUCCCUCCAAUAAAACUGCCACUCAGCCUCGUCAAAUUCCUCGUCAAGUGAAGUAUGGAACAUUUGUAGCUGCUACAGCAAAUCUUCCGCGCUUGAGUGAGGCUUUGAGACGAGCCCUCGUGGCACAGCCGCUACUGCAGGAACAUGAAUUUUCUGAAAAUGCAUAUGGACAAUGGCUGGGAUGGUUGAUGGCAGCUAUUUAUAUGGGGGGUCGAAUCCCACAAAUCUGGUUGAAUAUCAAAAGGGGAAGCGUGGAGGGCCUAAACCCUUUAAUGUUUGUUUUUGCCCUCGUCGCAAAUGCUACAUAUACUGGAAGCAUAUUAGUGAGAAAUGCUGAAUGGAGGAUGAUCAAAGCAAACAUGCCUUGGUUGCUGGAUGCAAUCGUGUGUGUGGGGCUGGAUCUCUUUAUCAUUCUUCAGUACAUUUUCUACAAGUACGUGAAGCUGAAGAAACGCGAGGAGUACUAUGGCAACUAUGUUGAAGCAGAUAAACCAGCUUGAGUGAAGUUACUAUAAAAGCGUGGUUGCGAUUUGUAUGUAUAAGAAUUCCAAGAGAAAAAUUUAUUAGGAUGAUUGUAACGAUAUGAGAAUCCACAUAAUUGUAAGGGGGUUCACUAUGUCGUUCGUGUGGAUUUGUAAGACUUAUAUGGUAUUGAAAUUUGUCAUGUAUUGUAUAGAUUCAACAAUUUAUAACUUAUGUGGGUACAAAUUUAAAUGAGUAGAAUUGAAUUUUUCUGGUUA